AGAAGGACGCCAACUUCUAACUCAUAAUUUACGGUAUAACAUGGAUUACGAUACAAAGGUGGACUUGUUAUCACUGCUUUAAUGGGUUAGUAGGACGCUAAUGUAAUAAUAUUACAUCGAUCCAAGGCUUUCUGCUGCGCUGGGGCAGGCCAUUUUCGCGGAAAAACAGACCAACGUGUCAACACCUGUUUACCUGGAACUGCAGAAUGUUUGUUUCGUUUCGUUUCGUUUCGAUCAAUUGGACUUUGCGAAAACAAACAUACAAAACUGUUCUGGAUAUUUUAAGUCUAUAGCCUUUAGUUGUUUUUAACAAAUGCCGAAUUAUCACAUAAACAUGUUUGAGAUGACUGCUGCAUAUACUAUGCACGAAAGAGAAUUAAUUUGCCCUCUGGAUGCAUAAGUACUGUGAUAUCUGCAGAUCCUGCGUAAACUCUUGUGCUUGGAUACAUAAGUAUUGUGAUCUCUACAGAUUCUGCUUAAACCUUUUUGCUUGGAUGUUCAAGUCCUGGUCAGUUUAGAGACCUCGGAAAGAAAUAUAACUACUGAGUGGAUAUACAGGUUAGACUCAACCCAGUCAACAUGGAAACGAAUCUGUACUGCUUAUAGGAAAUAAAAAACUGGUUAAUCUGCAGACCUUGGAAAUAAAUGCAACUGUUUAUUAGAUGUACACAAUCAUUUUGAGGCUGUAGGACUCGGAAAGGAAUGCAACUAUUUAAUGGGUAUAGGUGCACUAUAUAAGUACCCAAUGAAUGCACAAGUGAAUCUAAAGUUUUACACCAAGAGCCUAUUUUUGCGACACGUUUUAUAUUUGAUUGCGCAGGCGCUAUUUUACUGCUACAAGGAAAAAUCAAAAUAAGCCAAUCAAUACUAAUGAAUUUUUCCUGGUAAAACCAGGAACAUAAUUCUAGUGUGUAGGGUUUUUCACGGAAUACAGAUGGUAUGUUAGCUAAUAGAGAAGUUUUAAAAUGUCUAUAUUCGAAGAUCAUUCAUCUGAAGAAGAAGAAAAACACGAUGAACCUGUACACAGCGGGAUGAAUACAACGAUGCACGUACAGCCCAAACAGAAACAAGCAGCGAACUUACAACCAUUGCUUGAGGAAGUAACUUGACUUGCUUGGGAUUUGUUUUCUGGGAAACAUUUUAAAGAUAUUUAUUAGUAGUAGCAUUUUAAAAAUUCAUUCUUCUUAUUUCUCUUGCAUUCAUUUGGGACAUUCACCAAACUGAACAUGUGGAUACUAUUAUGAAAUCAGGAAUUCCUAUUCGAUCAGACGAUGCUAGAAGAUUUAAAUAAGACAAUCUGUUUAACGUGUCAUCGUAACUGUCUUAGUCGCCCUCUGUUGGUUAAUAACAGUAUAACGACUUUCAAACAGUGUUACUUACGAUCAGAUAGCCGAGACAGCUAAAAGUGGUUCUGAGAGGAAUACACUUUUUCAUGACCAAGAUGUUUGAGAUAGAGAACACUGACAACGUCUACAAAUUGAAAAAAUUACAUUCAACUUCAAUAUUGUAAUUUACCAUGACCUUGUUUUAUGCUAAUGAAUUCCGCCAUAUUGUGGACGUGUUUUGUUUUUGUUGAGUCGACUGUGACAAUGCUAAUAGUGUUAUCUCUUUAUUGCUAUCAUCGUGGCAGAGGGCAACAGUACAAGCACGUUGUCGUAGCUGCUACAGAUGGAGAAAUUUCGUCUUGUGAAGAAACAGCUGCAGAAAGCGUAUAUAUGUUCAAGACACUCAGUCUAAUGCUUAAAGUAAACGCGGAGCCAAAUUAACAAAUGUCAAAUUCAGUGCUUGGUGUUCAAGUGGAGCGUGGUAAACUCCAUUGUUGCAGCUGCAAUGGGUGAGAAAUGCCGUCCUAUGCAAGAAACACUCGUAAGAUCGUAUUUUUGUCCAUAAAGAGACAUCAAACAUAUCACUCUGACCGUAAAUAUGGAGCGGUGUGAACGAAGUCUAAUGAUCGAUAGGAAAAUGGAGCAGUGUUAAUAAAAUGUCAUUGAAUGGAGACGUAAACAUUAUGAUAAGCAAUGGUCAACAAAGGAAAAUAUUGACAGUCCUUGUGGGAUUGUAUCUAACUGAUUCGAUUCCAUAUCAGGCUGUUUACCGAAGCAGCUACAACGAAGUAGGUCAUGGAGCGUACAAUACGUGAUGACACGUUAGUGGAGUUUUUUUCUGUCACAUGCUCAACCGGAUGUGGUCAUUGCUAAAAUAAACCGAACUGUUUGACAAGCGGCAAACUACUCAGAAAAUGUCGACGGUCUGCCCGAAAAACUCUUAUUUCGACAGUGCGGUUGAUCGGUGUGCGCCGUGUAGUGAUAUUUGUUUCAAAGCCUUCAUUCAAGAUACAGUGGCGGAGUGCAAACGACAGUGCCCAGACUAUGGGAAAUCUAGUUCUGAGGGAAGUCAUGCUGCCAGCUUUGAUUGGUAUAUUAUCGGUGGAAUAUUGAGUGUCUUCCUUUGCUUGGGUGUUCUAAUAACGGUUUUUAUCAUGAGAAGGAGACAGCGCUUACUUAGAUACCCCAUCCAGGAGACGGGGGACACUCCCGCCCAGGUGACGGGGGACACUCACACCCAUGAGACGGGGGACACUCCCACCAAUGAGACGGAGGACACUCCCACCAAUGAGACGGUUGUCGAUGUCGAAUUGAUGGAAAAGAAAAUAGAAGUGUUUUCAGAAAUACAUAUACCACUCCUGAGUUCUAACGACAGUUUACAGCUCCUGAAAUAAACUGACAGAACAGAACAGCACUUUAUUUCACUCAAAGGCAUCAGAGGAGUACAUUAUAUAAAUUAUAUAUACAUAUACAUACACGCAUACGUUAAGUGACAAGUGUUUAUAACAAACAAAUAAGUAAGAUUAAGCUAUAUAAGGGAUUCGGUCAACAAAAUAUCAAUGUCUUGGAUAAUAAUGUUCAACUAUUUUAAAGGUUAUGUUUUAAAUACUGAAAAAACAUACGGGAAUAAUGUAAGUGCUUUUUCCUAACUUACAUCCGUCUCUAGACUCAAUAUUCUAUCCGCCUAUAAAAAACAACAACAUAUAUAGUUUUCUAAAGGCUUUAAAGUGCUCUCACCCUCAAUACAAACAUAAAUUAUCAGAUAAAUGGAGUCAAAUGCUUACAUUGUCACAUCGAAAUUUCAUAGACCAGGAGUUUUAAAACAACUGUUUUACUGUACAUUUCGAGAAUGCUAUAUCAUCCUAAACUUCGAAAAUGUAACAUUCUGGUGGUUAAUUGUUUGUUAAACUUUGUACAAUACGGCUAACUGUUGCUUUGUACAAUACGGCUAACUGUUGCUUUCAUGAAUAAAACAACUGAGCGAGUUUGAAAUGGUGGUUAAUUGUUUGUUUAUCUUUGUACAAUACGGCUAACUGUUGCUUUCAUGAACGAAACAACUGAGUGAGUUAGAAUGGUGGUUAAUUGUUUGUUUAUCUUUGUACAAUAUGGCUAACUGUUGCUUUCAUGAACGAAACAACUGAGCGAGUUAGAAAUGUUGGUUAAAUGUGUGUUUAUCUUUGUACAAUACGGCUAACUGUUGCUUUCAUGAAUGAAACAACUGAGCGAGUUAGAAAUGGUGGUUAAUUGUUUGUUUAUCUUUGUACAAUACGGCUAACUGUUGCUUUCAUGAACGAAACAACUGAGCGAGUUAGAAAUGUUGGUUAAAUGUUUGUUUAUCUUUGUACAAUACGGCUAACUGUUGCUUUCAUGAAUGAAACAACUGAGCGAGUUAGAAAUGGUGGUUAAAUGUUUGUUUAUCUUUGUACAAUACGGCUAACUGUUUCUUUCAUGAAUGAAACAACUGAGCGAGUUACAAAUGAACUGUGUGAAAUAAAUAACAAUCGGCCUCCGUGGCGUAAUGAUUAAACUUCUGGCUUUGAAGAUGUUUUGGUUCGCAUCCCAGUACUAGGCAGUGGGUAGGUUCAAGGACAAGUUACUCCACCGUGUACCAAACAUCAGUUGUUGUCUUGGAAAGAUAACCCACACAGCUGAGUUGUAGGCCCAUUAUAUUGAACCUCAAGUACCUAUAAGCAUGGAACUAAACAAAAUGAAAUGCAAGCUAGUGCUGUGGUAAAGCCGCCAGCCUUAUAGCCAUUGUGUGACACCCACAGCCGAUAUAUGUUUGUGUUGUGGUGUCAUUAAACAUCUAUUCAUCUAUUCAUUUAUUAUAGCUUAUUGCACUGAGGUGCUUUGUUGGCAGAGCGAGUUUUAGCAAGGCGGUGUUAGGUCUCAUCUACUCCGGCUCCUGCGUGUGCUGUUCCUCAUCGUGGUGCAGGAGUGGCAACAUUCUCAUGGGUUUCCUUGAGAGUGGCGAAUACAGCACAUAUUCAGUAUCGCAUGGACAUUUUAAAACGAGUUCUAUAAGCACGUGUAAUGUUUUUCGUUUUUCGUAGUUCGGUGCGACAAUGGUUUGUUUGCCGAGACUCCAGACAUCGCUUCCAUGGUCUGACAAUGGCUAUAGUAUAGUUGGAUUCUUUUUUUUAUUAUUCUUUAUUGUUUAUUUUUUUUUUUUUUUUUUUAUUAUUAUUAUUAUUAUUUUAUUUGUUGUUGUUGUUGUUGUGGUAAAUGUGUUUGUUUGUGGGGUUGUUGUUGUUGUUGUUGUUGUGUGUGUGUGUGUGUGUGUGUGUGUGUGUGUGUGUGUGUGUGUGUUUUGUUCUUGUUUACUUGUAUAUCGUUGAUAUGCAUCAUUGUCUUUCAUGGGUGCGACUAUUCCACAUCAGUUCGCGCCGGUUUAUUGACAAUAAUUUCUAUAAGAAUAAAGUUAAAGUUUGUUUUGUUUACCGGCCAUCCUAGAGCACAUUGAUUUAUUAAUAAUCUGCUACUGGAUUUCAAACAUUUGGCAGUUCUGACAUACUCUUGGAAAGGAAACUCUCUAUAUGUUUCCAUUAGUGUCAAAUAAUAUUUUAUAUGCACCAUCCCACAGACAGGAUAGCACAUACCACGGACUUUGAUAUACCAGUCGUGGUGCACUGGCUAGAACGAGAAAUAUUAAUUUGUACAAGACUGCCUAAUUCGACGUCUAUUUUCUCUGCUGAAACCUGGACAAUCAUUAAAGCACUGGAACACAUUAAGGAUUCUAUCACAUCCAAAUAUAUUAUUUUUACGGACUCCAAACUUUACAAAAUAUGACCAUGAAACAUUCUUUAAUUGGGAUGUUGAUACGAAAAUGUGUCUUUUUAUCGGUUGCUAAUAAAGGCAUGGUAUUUUGUUGGGUUCCCAGCCACACUGGCAUAAGUCUUAGCGGUAAUAAAAAGGCAGAUGUUACCGCCAAGUCUGCUUUGGAUUUGCGUCAGUCCAGGGUUGGUGUGCCAUACACUGAUCUUAAACAUGAUAUUAACCAAUAUAUAUAUUUUUCAACUUGUAAAGAUGAUUGGAAGGGUGCGGUUCUGGGAGAGUGGCAGUCCUCCUUUGAGCGGUGCAGGAAGAAUGCAAUAACCUUGUGUCGUGGUCACAUCGGUCAAAUUGCUUGACACAUUCACUGGCUAUGUAUACUGACGGUUCACCACAUUUUGGUGGAGUGUGAUCAUUUUGAACCGACGAGGAAAGAUAUAUUUGGAAGACAAAAUGUGAUGAAAUUAUCAUUUCGAUCAUGUUGACAUUUAUACUAUUUUUACAUUCUACAUUUUUACUAUACUUAUAUUCAUAUUUACCUGUAAUAUUCAUAUAAUUAAAGGGACAUUCCCGAGUUCGCUGCAUUGUAAGAUGUU